AUGGAGUUUAAGGGAAAGAGAGUUGUUUUUCUUAAGCAGCUUUCAUCUGGGCUACUUCUUGUUACUGGCCCCUUUAAAAUUAAUGGUGUUCCUUUGAGACGUGUAUAUCAAUCUUACGUGAUUGCCACUUCUACCAAGGUUGACAUUUCUGGGUUGAAUGUCGAAAAAUUUGAUGACAAAUAUUUUGCUAAGGAAGUUGAAAAGAAGAAGAAGAAGAAGGGAGACGGAGAAUUUUUUGAGGCUGAGAAAGAGGAGAAGAAUGUGCUCCCACAAGGAAAGAAAGACGAUCAGAAGAGCGUGGAUGCUUCAUUGAUAAAGUCCAUUGAGGCUGUCCCAGACUUGAAGACGUACUUGGCGGCGAGAUUCUCUCUCAAGGCAGGCAUGAAGCCUCAUGAGCUUGUCCUUUAGACCAUCAUCUUAUAAACUACUAGGAUAAUUUUCUGCGCUUCGGCUUGUUUUUCCUCUUCAGGUUACCAGCGAACUCUGAGUUUUCAUUUUGCCGGUGUAUUCACAAUUCAUGCUCAUUUUGAUUUGGUUUUGAUCACUACUGCUUUCGGCACAUACAAAAUACCAAGUGAAAUUCAUACGAAAUGAAGAGGGGAUCAUUCGAAAUCAGCUAGUUUAGUAUAUUAAUAGUCUUUGCAAAUGAGUUCGGAUCACCAACAAAACAACCAGCAGUCGAUGCCAGCGGAGAAACGAAAACCUCCUCUCAACACCACUUGACAAUAAAUCCUCCGAUUGAGCCCUGGUUUGGUACUGCUUAAAUUUUUUUAAAAGCUGGGAUGGAAAAAAGUUGAGCUCAAUAUUGUGUUUGGGAAAUCAGCAACAAAGCACUUAUUUCCAAAAUUGCUGUGAGAAACAGGAAAGUGGAAGCAGCUAUUUGCUGCUUUCAAAAACAGGUUUUUAAAUCAUAGCAACACGGAUGAACAGUAAUAUUUAAUGAAAGUUUUCAAAUGACGAUCCUACCCACACCCCUAGCAUCUCACUUCUUCUCUUCCUUGCUCUGGCAUCUCACUUCUCUCCCUCCCGUCUCACUCAUUCCCUCCCAACAGCCGCCAACCUGAAACUUCCUUCCUCCCAGAGAUCUCUCUUGUUCUCCAAAGUUGCGUUCUUCGGCGCCGGUGUUCAGCUGAAAUAAGCCAUUAAUUGGGAAAAAAUUAGGGUUUGUGGAGGAAACAAGAAAAAUUGAGAGAAAAGUAAGAAAAAUCGUUUACUUCUCUAUUCAUUUUUUUAGAAGGUCUGCUUCUGAUUUAUCUUAGGGUUUAGGUAUAUAAGAAAGGAUAAAGCUCAGCUCUGCAUCUGAUCUGUGAACUUUGCUUCUGAUUUGUACGUGUGUACAGAGAGAGAGGUAUUACCAACUUCAUCAGAGUCCUCAAGUGCUGCACUGCAAAUGGUGAAAAAGGAGUGAUGGGACGAGAAGAUGAGAGAGGCUAGAAAGAGAAAGAAGAAGAUGGGUUUGGUCAUGGCUGUGUGCUCACGAUCUUCGAUCUUCUCUUUUGGGUUUGGUGAGUUUUGGUGAUGGAAGUGGCAUGUCAGAAGAAAAGACCAUAUAUAUAUAUAUAUGUAUGUAUGUAUGUAUGCAUGUAUGUAUGUAUGUAGAGAGAGAGAGCAUUUUUCAAACCAACGGAGGAUUUCAUGGCAAGUAAUUAGCGGCUUCUGCUUAACGAACGGUCUGUUAAUGUUUACGAGGAGGUUACUGCUGGAUUAUACCCUUUUUGGCUUCACACCUUUAUAUGUUGAGAAAGUUAAAUUAAUAUCACAUUUAGUAUUAUA